AUGUCAGAGACACCGACAGCCAAAAUCUUAACUGAAUCAGAAGUUAAAACAAAUACACCUAAUCCAGGAUGGGAACGAAUUUUAGCAAUUUAUGAUGGUUUAAAAGAUGGGAGAAUGUCAUUUGAGUUAGAUUCUUUUCGUACAGUCACUAAAACAGCAUUUAUGGCGGGUUUUUUAACUAAUGGUAUUUCUGGAUUUCAACCAGCUUCUGAAAGAUAUGAUAUGCACUCAACAGGAAAAACUUUCAUAUCAAAGAGAGAUGUCAUUAGAAGAAAAUUUGAUUUUUCUGUGGUGAUGUUUGCAAAAAAUGGCUUUAUAGGUGGUAUGCGUACCUCAGCAUUAGCUGGUUCAGUUAUAUUUUUUACUACACACCUUGCUGCAUAUCGAGAUAAAUUCUCAUAUCUAUAUUUUCCAUUAGUAUCAGGUGCGACAACUGGAUUUUUACAUGCAGUCUUUGGAGUUCUUGCAUUUCCACUAGGAAUAGUUGGUUGUAUGAAGGCUGUUGCAUUAGGAUUAUCUUCUGGGUCUACAUUAUCAAUUGGUCUUGCUUUAUAUGGAUUAUUCAAGGAUAAAUCUUCAACUGACGUGUAUAAAGAGUUUAAAAGGGAAUAUGAAGAAAAGUUAUCUGUUCGUAAUGAAGAAGAAAGAAAAUUAAGAGAAUUUAUGAAAACUGAAGGAAUCUAUUUUAAAUAUAUGGCUUUGGUAAAAAUGAAAGAAAGGGAAAAUAAAAAAUUGUUAGAAGAAAGUUCUUUAGAAGAUGUUCAAUAA